AUGGAUUUUCUUCCAGAAAACAUACAAUCAUUUCUCCAACACCCAACAGUCUCCUACAUCCGUAGCACAACCCAAGACCAAAUAACAACCCAUCUAAGCAACAUCCGAACAGCUUACGUGCAACCCUACCUUAUCGCCCCGCUCUCCACCCUCCUCACAACAACAAGCACCGCCGCAAUGCCCGACCUAAUGACUGUGCUCAUAAUGGUGGUAAUCCUCUUCUUUUCACUGAAGCUCCUGGAUUAUAUGCGUCGCCUUGUGAUGUUUUGGGUGACGUUGGCCUUUCAAGUCCUCUUCUGGGGUUCUGUACUGGGUCUGGGUUGGUAUGUGUACACAGUUGGUGUGGAAAAUGCGGGUCGUGAUCUGGGUUGGAUUUGGGGAGUUGUUAUGGGUUUUGUUCAGGAUUUCCAGGCUAGAGCGGCGGCGAGUUCUGGAGGGAAAUCUGGGGCUGGGACUGGAUCUUGGAAGAAGGGAGGUGGUUGGAGUUAG